GAGGGCUUUCUUUCGGGGACGGUUUUCUUUACUUUCGGAAUCCUUGGAGGUAGGCAUUUUACAAUGCCUCUUUUAGUCAUGUCUUUCCAAACGCAGGGGAGGCCCGCGGACAGCCUGUUGGCCGUUUAACCCGCAGGUCCCGGGUUUGCGUGGAGGAGCGCGACGAGUGACGCCCUUUGACCUCUAACCUCUAGCCGGUGCGGCGGAGGGAAACGCCUCCGUCUCUAUAUAAGGACUUUUCCGGCCGGCCUGGGCCCUUUUCUCCCUCAGCGCCGGCCGCGGGCUCCUGGCGCUCUCUCCCUCCGCCGACGCCAUGGGCUUCGGAGACCUCAGAACCCCCGCCGGCCUCCAGGUGCUCAACGACUACCUGGCGGACAAGAGCUACAUCGAGGGGUAUGUGCCAUCACAGGCCGAUGUGGCAGUCUUUGAAGCGGUCUCUGGCCCACCACCGGCUGACCUGUUCCAUGCCCUGCGCUGGUAUAAUCACAUCAAGUCUUACGAGAAAGAGAAAGCCAGCCUGCCAGGAGUGAAGAAAUCCUUGGGCAAAUAUGGCCCUGCCAGUGUGGAAGACACCACAGGAAGUGCAGCUGCGGAUGUUAAAGAUGACGACGACAUUGAUCUCUUUGGGUCAGAUGACGAGGAGGAAAGUGAAGAAGCAAAGAGGCUCCGAGAAGAGCGCCUUGCACAGUAUGAAUCAAAGAAAGCUAAAAAGCCUGCGGUUGUUGCCAAGUCUUCCAUCUUACUGGAUGUGAAGCCCUGGGACGACGAGACAGACAUGGCGAAGUUAGAGGAGUGUGUCAGAAGCAUUCAGGCAGACGGCCUGGUGUGGGGCUCUUCCAAAUUGGUUCCAGUGGGAUACGGAAUUAAAAAGCUUCAAAUACAGUGUGUAGUUGAAGACGAUAAGGUUGGAACAGAUAUGCUGGAGGAGCAGAUUACUGCUUUUGAGGACUACGUACAAUCCAUGGAUGUGGCUGCUUUUAACAAAAUCUAAAAUCAGUGCACUUGAAUAAAAGCUAGAAAAAACCCUGUGCUCUU